AUGGUGAAGCUCACGGCGGAGCUGAUCGAGCAGGCGGCACAGUACACCAACGCCGUCCGCGACCGGGAGCUCGACCUGCGCGGCUACAAAAUCCCUGUUAUUGAGAACUUGGGUGCCACUCUAGACCAGUUUGAUGCCAUUGAUUUCUCUGACAAUGAGAUCCGCAAACUGGACGGAUUCCCCUUGCUGCGGAGGCUGAAAACUCUCCUCAUGAAUAACAACAGGAUUUGUCGGAUUGGUGAGAACCUGGAACAGGCUCUGCCCAGCCUCACAGAGCUCAUUCUUACCAACAACAACAUUGCUGAACUGGGUGAACUGGAUCCGUUAUCAACUAUUAAAUCAUUGACUUACCUGAGCGUUCUAAGGAAUCCUGUAACAAAUAAGAAACAUUACAGAUUAUAUCUAAUUCAUAAAGUUCCCCAGGUCAGAGUGCUGGAUUUUCAAAAAGUGAAGCUCAAAGAGCGACAGGAGGCAGAGAAAAUGUUCAAGGGCAAACGGGGUGCACAGCUUGCAAAGGAUAUUGCCAGGAGAGCAAAAACCUUCAAUCCAGGAGCUGGGCUGCCAACAGACAAAAAGAAAACUGGGCCCUCCCCAGGGGAUGUGGAGGCAAUUAAGACUGCCAUAGCAAACGCCUCGACCUUGGCGGAGGUGGAGCGGCUGAAGGGAUUGCUGCAGGCGGGACAGAUCCCCGGCAGGGAGCGGAAAUCAGGUCACUCUCUACUUCUGCUGCUCUUCUUUAAACAGAAUCCACCUCUCUUCCUUGAUUCCUGAUGCUUUAUGUGAUCUCUGUAGGGAGUUGGGUAGAAAAAGUGGGAGUUUGUCAUGUGUGGAGCACACCCCUGGCUCUGUGUGAUCUGCCUGGCCUUGAGUGCAGCUCAGGGCUGUCACCUGCACUCCCUCCAGAGCAAGGUGCCAAACAAGGUGCUUUGCUGCACUGUAUGACUCCAAAGUUCAUCCCAGUUAUUGAACAAAAUGAAAUUACAGAGUCUCUCUGGACCUGUGCUGAGCAUCAGUGUCUCGGGUGUGGGUACAGCAGUGAGUCUGGGAGCCCUGCAGAGAUGUGUCUCAGCUGCAGGCUGGCCAUAGCACCAGUUUUCUGUACAUUGAGGCUACCUGGAUUUCCUGUUCUGUAGAGCUCUUAAACGUUCCCUUUAUAACUCUUCUGCAGAGGGGUGGGGAAAGAACAGCAGCGUCUGCAGCAGCUGCCCUAAAACUCUGACGUGUCCUUUCAGGCCCAUCGGAGGACGGCGAAGAAGAAAUGGAAGAGGACACAGUGCCAAACGGAUCGUAGCCCGGGCCGUGCCGCGCUCCGGCCCUCCCCAGGAGCCCUUUCCUGUCCCAUUCCUGUCCCCGGCAGGGCCCCAUCGCUCCCGUCCUCGCGCAUUUCGCUGUUCAAUAAACGAACGGUCCCUUUUUC